AUGAAUAUGGAUUAAUGCGAUUAAUAUGAAGAAGGUGAAAUAUCAGAAAAAGAUAUCCUUUAUUGUGAAAGAGUAACUUUAGAAUAAUUAAAAUCAAAAGACCUUUAUGAAUAAUACGAAAUAUUACACGAAGUUGGUUCUGGUACAUAUGGACGAGUAUAUAAAGCAUAUAAAAAAGAAAUUAAAGAUAAAUAUUUUGCAUUAAAAUAAUUAGACGUUUCAAAAGAAAAAGAUGGAUUUCCAAUUACAGCACUAAGAGAAAUAAAGCUUUUAUAAAAAUUAAACCAUUAAAAUAUUCUAAAAAUAAACGAAAUCGUAACAAUGAAAACUGCUUGCAUGAAAGAUAAGAGAUAGUAAAAAGUUACUACUUUUCUAGUUUUUGAUUAUAUGGAGCACGACCUAUAAGGCCUAAUAAAAAAGCAUAAAUAAUUUACAACACAAUAAAUAAAAUGUUUAAUGAAGCAAUUGUUUUCAGGACUUUAAUAUCUUCAUUCAUAAAAUACAAUACAUAGAGACUUAAAAAGCGCUAAUCUUCUCCUUAAUAAAGAAGGAAUAUUAAAAAUAGGAGAUUUUGGUUUGGCAAGAUAAGUGGAAAAACCUUUACUUCGUCCUUUAACAUCUGUAGUAGUAACGCUUUGGUAUAGAGCCCCUGAAAUAUUAUUUGGCGAUAGAAAUUAUAGUUUUAAAAGCGAUGUUUGGAGUGCUGGAUGUUUUAUGGCUGAACUUCUUUUAAGCGAACCUUUGUUUAAUGGAAAAACGGAAAGCAAUUAAAUUGAAUAAAUAUAUGAUAAAUGUGGAGCACCUGAUCCUGAAUAAUGGAUAGGAUUAACUUAAUGUAAAAAUUGGAAAGAAUUAUAAGCAAAAAAAGAAUAUGAACCAUAAUUAACUUCUUAUAUGAGGUCAAAAAUACCAGAUAUAGAUUCAGCAACACUUGAUUAUUUAUCAGCAUUAUUAGUGAUAAAUCCAGAAGAUAGAUUAGAUUCAAAAUAAGCUUUAGAACACGAAUAUUUUACAACAUAACCUUUACCUUGUACACAUGAUUAAAUGCCUGUUUUUGAUAAAGAAUUUCAUUAUUAGCCUGAAAGAAAUUUAAAUUUUUACAAAAUAAAAAAUGUAUAAAAACUUAAACUUUUAAAAUAUAAAUAAUACGGAUUAUGA